AUGAUCUCUUUAGCUGUUAAGGGGGUUGCGGCUGUGGCCAAAACUCGUGAAAUUCCAGUAGAGACUGAUGCCAACAAACUAGUCAACUUUUGCUGCAUUAACUACAGAAUCGAUGAACAACCAAUUCCUCUGAAACCUGAUAGUGAGUACCCUGAAUGGUUGUGGUCUAUUAGGACAUCUAGGAAGCCACAACGGCUGGAUGAAGCUGAUCCAGAAUCCUAUUAUUACUGGCGUCGAUUGAGAAGACUUCAUAACCGUCACUUAAAUAAUCUGGCCAGCAUUCAUGGAUGGCAUCGCAAAGAACAUCGUGAUCCCCGAUCACAUUCCGACAGGGCCUAUGGUGACUUAAAUUACGCAUUAAAGAAGUGGACACCGGGGCAAUAG